UCAAACACUGGCGGAAUAGCAUCAUUGGGCUUGUAACUGCAGAACGAUGGCUUUGAUGUAGAAUACAUUUUUCUCGAAUAGUUCUACUUGCUGUAGGAAGGUAGAUUUACCAACGAGAACACAUCUGGGUCAGUGCUGACGAAUGACCGACUACAUGAAGCUGGACAGAGUGUCGGUUAAACUGCACAUAUGAAAGAUCAUUGAAAUACAAGAAACUCAUAAGAUGUCCAAGUACGACACGGAGCAGUUCGACCCAGCCCCAGUUCCAGAAUUGGUGUGCUGCAUCUGCCAUUGUGUUUUCCUUGACCCUGUGCAAACCCCAUGUGCUCAUGUCUUCUGCAGGAUCUGUAUAGAAACUUGGCUUGAUAGCCACCAGAGCUGCCCUACAUGUAGGAGACAGGGGAUAAAGAAGGCAGACCUCGAAGAGACUGUACCAAUUAUCCGGAGUAUGAUACAAAGUUUGACCAUGAGAUGUGACAAUAAGGAGAAUGGUUGUACAGAACUGAUGAAGCUAGAGCAGUAUGAGACACACAUCAAAGACUGCCCCUUUGCAUUACUCCAGUGCAAGUUUAAGAAAUGUGGGGAAAAAAUUCUUCGCAUGAAUCUGUCUGAUCAUGAGAAUCAGUCAUGUCCGCACCGGGAAAAACAGUGUGAAGCUGACUGUGGGUUAAUGAUUCCGCUGAGAGAGAUUGCCAGUCACAGCUGUCUGGAGGCUUUGAAGAGAGCCUUGUCAGAGCGCAAAGAAGAACUUGAGAAAAUGAAACAGUACACCCAAGAACUUUUGGAACAGAAGAAUUCUUUAGGGCAACAGAGGGUCCAGCUUGAAAGACAACUGAAUGAGGCCAGAGAUCGCCUAGAGAUGGUCAGAGCUGUUGAUUCUACUAGUAGUGAAUGGUCAAUAGAGGAAAGUGUUGAUGAUUCAGAUUUUGAGGAAGUGAAUAUAUUUCAAAUGGAUGAUGAAAAUGAUAUUCAGAUUCCUGAAAACGGAAGAAUAAGAACUAGAAGUCAAACGCAGCGUACUGAGGCAACUGCAAAUGCUCCAGCUGAAGACUUGCACCCAGAUAGCAGAAACAGGAGUGAGGCUGAAAUCCAUCAAACAGAUGAUAGCAGAAGUGAACAUUCAGGAGAUGAGAGCACCUCAUCCUCUUCCUCUGCCUCUUCCUCCGCAAGCAGUACAUCCUCAGUGAAUUCCAGCCAGUCUCGUCCACAGUCAAAUAAUAGUGAAAACUUACAAGGCCAGGCUGAAGUCCCUGCCCUCCCCUGCAGUGAUUCGGACACCUCAGACACUUUGUACAGCUAUGGUCGAAGUCCAAAACUUAAUGAAAAUGAUGUCCUGUCUGAUACCUCCAUGGCAUCUGUUGGACUCCAUUCACACAGCAAUUCAUCAUCCUCAUCCUCAUUGUCACCCAGGAAACCCACUAGGGUACUCUCAACUUCAGAAUCCGAUUCGGAUUCUAACCAGUCAGACAGUAGCAAUGAUUCUAAGGCCAGUGAUGGCACGGACUCCGAGGUCACUGAGGUCAAGUUGUCAUCUGGCAGUUCAUCAGAUACUCUCUUGUAUGCACUGCCCAGUGAUCAAGGCGAGAAUGACGAUAGUGAGAUUGAUCUUAUUCAGGAAGAAGAAAUUAAUUAUGAGAAAACAUUGACUGGAAUAUCGAACCAAAAAGAGGAACAACUCAGUAAAAGAAAGCAUAUUGCAAUGGACAAAGGAACGAGUGGUGAACUUCAAGAUUGCGACAAAAUUUCAAACAGUAAAAUGCUUUCAAAGAAUCAAGAAAAGGACAGAAAGCACAAACAGACUGGAGCAAAGGCAAGCUGUAGUUCUGUAAGAGAAAUAAAUAGUUCAGGAGUUAUGUCCAGUUUUGAAAUUCAAGAUGGCUCUUCAAAACAGGCUAGGAAAAGAAAGAGGGUAAGUGACAAAGUCGCAUCUGGUUGGAGAAAACAGAAGUUGCCUGAAGAGUUGCAGUCCAGUGAUUCAGAAGAUGAAAAUGAUUUUACAAUAAUAGAUAAAACAGUGCCACGCCAAAGAAAAUGUAAAAGAAAUGACAAAACUUUGAAAAGAACAAAAAGUGACAUGGAUUGUGAAAAGGAAGAGAAAAUGGUCAAAAACUCAAGAUUAACAGCAACAUGUAAAAGUAAGUCAACUGACAGCACCAACAGUAAAGUGGCAAAAAGGAAAAGGUCUUGCUCACCAAACUCCAACAGUACUAACAUACCUCUAGUUCUUAUCCACAAAGAAACAGAAAAGGACUCCAAUAAUAAAGUUGAAUAUAAAUUAAACAGAUUAUUUGGUAAAAUCAAUGAAGGUGCAUCAACAUCCAGCUCUAUUUUAUUUGAAGAAACAAGCAUUUCAAAAGCAAAGAAUCCUCAGUGUUUGUCCACAGUAAAAGAUGAAAAAUUUGGAAGACAGAAACACUCAAGUUCAGCUCAAAAUGUCAAAUCAAGUAACAAAAAACAACAAAACACCACUGGCCAAAUAGAUUCUCAAUUCAAGGAUUGUGAAACGAAAUCGAAGAACAAAAACCCAGUUUCUGAAAAUGCUGCAACUAACUCCUCAGAAGGAAGUGAGUCCAGCACCUUGCCUAGGGACUCAACGAAUGGAGGAAGAUCCAAUCAAAACCGACCUAAGGCGUGGAUCUCUCCCGAGGGUCUCAAGGUGCCGCCAUCUUGUCUAGAGAUGUUGGAGAAUUUCACUGCAGCUGAUGAGUCUGAUAGUGAUGAUUCAUCCUGGAGGGAAGAUGAUCCAGAAAACUCAGACUCUGAAUUUUCCAGUAUUUCAGAUGUGGUAACAGAAGAAGAUACCGAUUAUGAAGUAAAGAUACCUUUGUCAGCUGGACAACUUUUGGCUCAGAUAGAUGGUGAUUCUGAUGACUCAGAUGACAGCUGGAAACCAUGAUGUGUGACAUGUUUCCAAACUUAAAAUGAAGAAACAGGAACUUUUUGAUGACAACCAGGCUGCAUUUGAAAUAAACAUUUCGAAACUAUUUCGUGAAUUAUUUUCAAUUUAUUAAAUUUUAAAGUGAAGUACAUAUAAAGACAUACUUAUAAGAUAUUAUACUCUUUUUUGUCAUUGUAAUUCAAAUUCAUUGUUUAUUUUCCAAUUUAUAUCUUUGCUAUUGAAAUAUCAUAAUCAUUAA